GACCUGGUGAUAUAAAAUAAAAUUUUAUUAGCUGUUAGCUUUGCAUUUCGCUUUUCAUUUUUACUUCUCUCUCCCUCUCUCUCUCUCUCUCUCCGAGUUUGUUGCAACUUCACGCCGCGUCCUCUCGCCGGAAUCUCCCUCUCUCCGUCACCGAGAAAAAAAGGACUUUAAAGAGAAGCUCCCCUUUGAUCAGUCAUGGCAUCACGAUCAUAUGCUAAUCUAUUAGACUUAGGUGGAGGUUUUUUGGAUUCUCCUCGGACCGCAAGAGCUAUUCCAAGGACUAUGACGGUUCCUGGAGUUAUUUCUGACCUGGAUGCUAAUGGCAGAUGUGAUGGGGAUUCAGAUGUUAGCUCUUCUGGUUACAGGGAGCGGAAAAUCAUUGUGGCAAACAUGUUGCCAUUGCAGGCUAAAAGAGAUAUAGAAACUGGCAAAUGGUGUUUCAAUUUGGACAAGGAUUCAAUUUUGUUGCAGUUAAAAGAUGGUUUCUCUUCUGACACUGAGGUGCUCUAUGUUGGAUCCCUCAAGGUUGACAUAGAUGCUGGUGAGCAGGAAGAAGUUGCUCAGAAAUUACUGGAGGACUUCAAUUGCAUACCUACCUUUCUACCACAUGAUCUCCAGAAAAAGUUUUAUCUUGGCUUUUGCAAGCAGCAGCUGUGGCCUCUGUUUCAUUACAUGCUACCUAUGUGUGCUGAUCACGGAGACCGGUUUGACCGCUUGCUUUGGCAGGCUUACGUUUCUGCAAACAAAAUAUUUGCAGACAAGGUUAUGGAGAUAAUAAAUCCUGAUGAUGAUUAUGUUUGGGUUCAUGACUAUCACUUGAUGGUUUUGCCUACAUUCCUAAGGAAGCGGUACAAUCGAGUUAAACUUGGUUUCUUUCUUCACAGUCCUUUCCCUUCAUCUGAAAUUUACCGAACUUUGCCUGUCAGGGAUGAAAUUCUGAGGGGAUUGUUGAAUUCUGAUUUAAUUGGUUUUCAUACAUUUGAUUAUGCUCGCCACUUCCUCUCUUGCUGCAGUAGAAUGUUGGGUCUGGACUAUCAAUCUAAGAGAGGACAUAUAGGACUAGAUUACUAUGGGCGUACUAUAUUCAUCAAAAUUUUGCCUGUGGGCAUACACAUGGGUAGGCUUGAGUCUGUAUUAAAUCUUCAUUCUACGGCCGCUAAAAUGAAAGAGAUUCAGGAAGAGUUCAAGGACAGGAAGGUGAUUCUUGGUGUUGAUGACAUGGAUAUUUUUAAAGGCCUCAAUCUGAAGCUUCUAGCUGUUGAGCAGCUGCUCCAGCGAAAUCUACAUUUGCAAGGCAAGGCUGUCCUAGUUCAGAUUGUGAAUCCUGCUAGGGGUUCAGGGAAGGAUGUUCUCGAAGCAAAGAAAGAAACAUAUCUAAUUGCCCGGAGGAUUAAUGAUACUUAUGGUUCAAACCAUUAUCGACCAGUUAUUCUCAUUGACCAUCCUGUUCCUCGUUUUGAGAAGAGUGCCUAUUAUGCUGUGGCUGAAUGCUGCAUUGUCAAUGCGGUGAGGGACGGCAUGAACUUAGUCCCAUACAAAUACAUUGUCUGCAGACAAGGAACUGCACAGCUUGAUAAAGCUUUGAAUAGAAAGAGUGAUUCUCCUCGUACGAGCAUGCUUGUUGUGUCUGAGUUUAUUGGCUGUUCUCCUUCUCUAAGUGGAGCAAUCAGGGUCAAUCCCUGGGACAUAGAUGCUGUGGCUGACGCUCUGUAUUCAGCCAUUACUAUGAGUGAUUCAGAGAAGCAAUUGAGGCAUGAGAAACACUACCGAUAUGUCAGUUCUCAUGACAUGGCAUAUUGGGCCCGCAGCUUUGUGCAGGAUUUGGAGAGAGCAUGCAAAGAUCAUUACACCAAAAGGUGCUGGGGAAUGGGUUUGGGCCUAGGGUUUAGAGUUGUUUCUCUUUCUCAUGGUUUUAGGAAAUUGUCUGUUGACCACAUUGUUUCAGCAUACAAAAGAACCAGUAGAAGAGCCAUAUUUCUUGAUUAUGAUGGUACUGUUGUACCACAAUCUUCUUUAAAUAAAAUCCCCAGCCCUGAAGUCAUAUCCGUGCUUAAUGAUCUGUGUAAUGAUACUAAAAAUACUGUGUUCAUUGUGAGUGGGAGGGGAAGAGAUUCUUUAAGUGAUUGGUUUUCUUCAUGCAAAAUGAUUGGGCUUGCAGCUGAACAUGGAUACUUUUUAAGGUGGAGUAAAAAUUCCGAAUGGGAGGCUAGUCACUUGUCUGCUGAUCUUGAAUGGAAGAGGAUUGUGGAACCUGUCAUGCAGUUGUAUACGGAAGCAACUGAUGGAUCUAAUAUUGAAAUUAAGGAAAGUGCUUUGGUGUGGCAUCAUCAAGAUGCAGACCCCGAUUUUGGCUGUUGCCAAGCCAAAGAAUUGUUGAAUCAUCUGGAAAGUGUGCUUGCUAAUGAACCUGCAGUUGUUACGAGGGGCCAGCAUAUUGUUGAAGUCAAGCCACAGGGAAUAAGCAAGGGUUUGGUAGCUGAAAACAUUCUCUCCACUAUGGUUGAUAAUGGUAAUCCACCAGAUUUUGUGAUGUGCAUUGGAGAUGAUAUUUCUGAUGAAGACAUGUUUGAGAGCAUAUUGAGGACAGUCUCAUCCCCGUCAUUGCCAGUAGCUCCCGAAAUCUUUGCUUGCACUGUUGGUCAGAAACCUAGCAAGGCCAAGUAUUAUCUUGAUGAUCCUUCUGAUGUCAUGAAGUUGCUUCAAAGCCUUAGUACUUCAUCUAAUCCAAGACCCAGGCAUCUAGCCCAAUUCCAAGUUUCUUUUGAGAGCACAGUUUGAGUGAAUUGGGACAGACAGCACAAGGCAUCAUUAUUGGAUGCUUGUGCUUCUUCCUUCUCUAAUUGCAAGGAUUCUUCUCCCAUGAAUUGGGGAACGUUAGGUUAUUGAUCUUUUACCUGACAUAUAGUGGGACCUUGCUGUUGCAGAUCUGAUUGAUUUUUCCACCUGAACCGGUUUUCAUGGCUUCUGGAAUUUUCAAUAAUGUGGUUCAUGCAUGAGCUGACAACUCAUCUGACGUACAUGGUCACAUCAAUUGUUGUAUUUGCUGGUGCCACCUAGAGCUAUAACUGUGGUUAGAAUUGUAGACAUAUCUAGCUGUUUGUUUGCAUUGAUCAAAGGGCACCAAUUAUUUGUACAGUUACACUGUUUUUGUUAACUAUACAUAAUAGGAAAUCUGGUUUGAGA